AUGAGAUACAGAGAACCGCGCCGUGGAUCAGAUUAUUAUAGAGGAGGUGGACACUCUGAAUUUCACAGACCUAGACGCCCAUUAACACCCGAAUUGGAUGAACGAUAUGAUCAUCGGUCAGAUUAUUCCCGUUUUGGCCGUGAUGGCUAUGCGGAAGAUAGAUAUCAUCAACACUCAUAUCACAGAUCGCAUGUUAUUGAGCCUAGGAGAGAGCUAGCAAGACAUGAACAUCAUGAACAUCAUGAAGGCAAUGUUAAACUUGCCAGGGGUCCUUCCAUUUCUAGGAGAGAGGAACGCAGUAACUAUCAACAAAUGAGCCGUUCGAACUCAUCCGAAAAGAAGUUUGUUGAUAGAUCUAAAGCCAUUCCAAGUCAUUCAACCGGUCCUAAACUGCAGGCUUUGAGAACUGAGCCACUGAAGAAACACUAUAAUUAUUUCGACAUUAAAGAUCAAAAUCACUCGCUGGAGAAGAAGAGGAAGGUGGCACAGAGUAUGAGUAGAACAGGAAAAAGUUAUAAACUAGUAUUGAAACCGAUAGCGAACAAAGAAGGAAAUAAGCAUAAUGGGUCUGGAGCCGCAUCGGUUGUAGAGCAGAUACGGGCACUACAUCACAAGGUUGUUGAUCCUCGAAAACAUAAUGACAUCAGUUAUAAAAAGGGUUCUGAGGGGACUUUUUUCCAAAACAUUUCUGCAUUGAUCCCCGUUCAUUAUAAAUACGAUAGUAAGCAUUCACUUGGUCCAGUCCCAUCUACCGAGUUGGUUGCAUGGGGAUAUUUACCGACAACAUCACUUCAGAUCAUAAGGAAUAACUUUUCAACUUUUGGUCCUCUUAAAGAUGUUCGAGGGGUCGAUGAUAAGGAUACAGCUGUACCUUUGGGGAUUUGCAAGGUUUGCUUUGAUGGGGACCCAGCAAUUGCCCAUGCACGUGUCCUGAAGGCUAUUUCCAACACCAACAUGAAAUUGUUGAUCUCCGGCAAGUUGAUACAUACCGGAUUGAAUGUGGACGAUAAGUUGUUACAUAAAAUAACGGAUGAGCUAAUGGCGGAAAAGAGAAAGAAGGAAGCUGCCGAAAGAAUCGAGGCGGCAAGACAGCGUACGCUACUUGUACAAAAGAAAAAGGAGGAGAGAAUGUUGAAGAGAAAGAUCGAGAGCAGAUCAUCAUCUGUGACUUCAAACGUGCCAAAAGAUGAUGCUUCGAGUCUAAAGAAGGAAACUGCGGAAAGAUUAGCGAGUGAACUUCCAAGGCUAUCAGAUCACGAUCGUCACAUUGUUCCGCUUUCUGAGGCCAGACUCCCCCCUACAUACGGCAAGUAUAUAGAUGACAGACCAUUCAUCUGGGUGUCAGAUCGGUAUGUGGACACGCGAAAUGUCAGUUCUGCCACCAUAAGGAAAUUAUUGUUGAGGUACAACUGUGCACGCGUUUUAACGCAUAGGACUGGGUUCUAUAUUGUGUUCAAUAACUUGAAGGAUGCACAAAUAUGCUUUGAUAAAGAGGAUGGCCGCCCCAUUUUUCAUUAUCGGAUGUUUAUGACAUUUUAUGUUCCAGACAGGAUGAUGUCAAGGACUAGAAUUGGUGAUAGGCUCAGCCCAGUUGGCCAGGCAAAGACUUUAAUAUUGAAUGAGCUUAAGGGGUAUCUUUUCAAGGAUUUACGUGAAAAGGUGAUUGGUCCGGCUAUGAUGAAAAUCAUGGAUUCACCGAAGUACACGUCGAAAAUCGAGGAUUAUCGUAAGAAAAUGGAAGAAAAGAAGAGGCAUGAGAUAGAGGAGCAGCGUGCCAAACUAAAAGAGCACGAGAAGAUUGAAAAGAAUGAAGUUCAGAGCUUGCCAAUCGGACUUGCACCUGUUGGUGUUAACCACCAGGUUGUUGAUAUAUCAUCGUUAAUUUCCUCAAGACGUGGGGGCAGGUCCGAGGUCAGAAGAAAGCACCAGUCAACCGUCAAAAAUAGACGAAACGUGCUGCCAAUGUCACAUGUUCUCAAUGAAUCAGACGGGGAGAAUACCGAGAGUGAAGUGGAAAAUGAAGAAGGUGGGGAAGAGGAAGAAGAUGAGGAUGAGGCAGAGGUCGAAGCAGAGGAAGAGAUUGAUCGUGUUGAGCUCAAUAAGAGUGAACCUUCUUCGGAGAAGAGGAAAGCUACAGUUUCAGAUUCUAAGAAGAAGGCCAGAAAACUUGCCAGAACCGAAUCGCCAGGUGUUAAAACGUUAUCUUCCGAGGAAGAAGAGUCGAAGGCCAUACUUUCAUCGCAGCCAACGACUCCAGAAACAGAAGAGCAAGAGAGUAAGAUCACAAAGCCUAUCAGCAUUGAUUCAAACUUUUUACCGACUGUCGAUUCACCACAAGCUGCCUGCGAGGAUAAAUUCAUCUCACAGGUGCCUAAUCUUGAUUGGCUCCAGGAAGUGAUCAAAGAUUCGGAAGACCUCAAGUUUUGCAAAGAAGCAAUGCUGUCGAUUGAUGGCAGUAUUAAUAAUGGCCAUGAAGACAUCAGAUAUUUUGCUUGGAAGCAAAAGCAGGACGAACAGCGGGAAGCUAGACUUCUCAAAGUUGCUGAGGCUGGAGAAGAUGAUGCAUUGAAAGGGUUUAUACGGGAGAUUCGAUCCAACAAGGAGCUCAAAAGCUCAACUGGCUCAUUUAGAACAUCUGGAUAUCGCAAGAUGCCUGACAAGCUCAAGAUUGACUAUCUUCCCUACCGAAGAAGAAUCAAAAAACCACUUACGACGAUCCAGGAAGAGGAUAAUAACGAUUCUGCAACUCAAGCAAAUGCUGUAUUCAGUUCCAGAGUGAACAGAGCAGCAAGCAGACGGUUUGCGGCAGAUGUUUCUAUGCAGAAGCAGAUGCUCGGAUCAGAAUCAGAUCUUCUUGAGCUUAACCAGUUAUUGAAAAGACAGAAACCAGUGCAGUUUGCUCGAUCUGCAAUUCACAAUUGGGGAUUGUACGCAUUGGAGCCGAUUGCUGCCAAGGAAAUGAUUAUAGAGUAUGUUGGAGAAAGAAUCAGGCAGAAAGUUGCAGAAGUCAGAGAGAAAAGAUACCUCAAGUCUGGUAUAGGAUCGUCAUACUUAUUCCGGGUGGAUGAUAAUACAGUGAUCGACGCGUCGAAAAAGGGCGGAAUUGCGAGAUUUAUAAACCACUGUUGCGAUCCUUCUUGCACCGCCAAGAUCAUCAAGGUCGACGGAAAGAAGAGAAUUGUUAUUUAUGCAUUGAGGGAUAUUGCGGCCAACGAGGAACUAACUUAUGACUACAAGUUUGAGAAAGAGACGAAUCCAGAGGAGCGUAUACCUUGUCUAUGUGGUGCUCCAAAUUGUAAGGGGUAUUUGAAUUGA